AUGAUCUACGCAACAGAAUCGUCUAGAAUCGGAAUUAAAGCGUCCCGUUUUCUUUCUUCAACAUUUCAUUACAGUAAUGCUGAAAGUGGGGAGGAUGAUAAAAAAAAAUUGUUACAAAAUCUAUCUAUCUAUCUAUCUAUCUAUCUAUCUAUCUAUCUAUCUAUUUGUUUUUGUUAUCUAACUAUAUAUCUAUCUAUAUCUAUCUCUUCAUUAUCUAUUGUUAUACAGAGUGCUUAUGAAAGUUUACAACAUCUAUCUAUCUAUCUAUCUAUCUAUCUAUCUAUCUAUCUAUCUAUCUAUCUAUCUAUCUAUCUAUCUGUGUGGCUUCGUUAUCUAUCUACCUAUAUAUCUAUAUAUCUCUUAUUGUAUUUUAUUGAUGUUUUCAAUAACCCUUUCUACAACACUAUCUAUCUAUCUAUCUAUCUAUCUAUCUCCGCGUCUUCUUUAUAUAUCUACUUAUAUAUCUAUCUAUCUAUCUCAGUUUCUUCAUUAUCUAUUGUUAUAUACCGUACCUAUGAACACUAA